AUGUCGGGGGACCGCACUCUCCGGCUGCAGCACGGGAACCGCAUCGAGGCCCUGUGUGUGCUGGGCACCUGCAUCUCAGCUGAUGUCUAUGGGGCGGCCCCGGCGGGGGCAGUCGCCUUCAGCGUGAAGCACACAGAGGGGGUGAGAGUGGAGGUGACAUGCCAGAGCCCAGCGGAGCUCGGGUCAGCCCCCGGCAGUGGGAUGCGGUGGCCGCUGGACAAGGGGACAGUGCUGAGGUUCAGCAUGAGCCGGGCCAGCACUGAGGUCAAUGAUAACAAGGUAACUGUCAGCUUUUAUGCAGAGGGAGGGCAGCCCAUCAACCAAGCUGGGGUCUUCCUCACUGGCAUUGGGAUUUCUCUGGAUGUCGACGCGGAUCGGGAUGGCAUAGUGGAAAAGAACAGCCCCAACAAGGGAAGCUGGAUGUGGGGUCCUGAGGGCCACGGGGCCAUCCUGCUCGUCAGCUGUGACAAGGAGAACCCCUUCACUGUGGCAUCGGACCGCGACGAUGAAAGGGUGUUCAGCAAAGAAGAUUUGCUGGACAUGUCUCGGAUGGUGCUCAGGACUGAAGGGCCCCAGCGCCUGCCCCGGGGGUAUGAAAUCAUUCUCUAUAUUCCUGUCUCCGAAGCUGACAAAGUUGGGGUCUUUUAUGUGCAGAACCCCUUCUUCGGGCAGCGCUACGUGCAGGUGCUGGGCCGCAGGAAGCUCUUCCACCCGGUGCAGUACACUGGUGGGGCUGCUGAGCUCGACUUCUUCGUCGAGGGGCUUCGCUUCCCUGACGACACCUUCCCUGGGCUGGUCUCCAUCCAUGUCAGCCUCCUGGAGACGAUGGCUGAGGGUAUCCCUCAUGCACCAAUCUUCACAGACACAGUCGUGUUCAGGGUAGCACCAUGGAUCAUGACCCCCAACACUCUGGCACCGGUGAAUGUCUUUGUCUGCAGCAUGAAGGACAACUACCUCUUCAUCAAGGAGAUAAAAAACCUGGUGAACAAGGCUGGCUGCGAGCUGAAGGUUUGCUUUGGCUACAUCAACCGUGGGGACCGCUGGAUGCAGGAUGAGAUUGAGUUUGGCUACACUCAUGCUCCCCACAAAAGCUUCCCAGUGGUGCUGGACUCCCCUCGAGAUGGAGGGCUGGAGCGAUUCCCCAUCAAGGAUCUACUGGGCCCUGACUUUGGCUACGUGAGCAGAGAGCCCCUCUUUGAAGCCAUCACCAGCCUUGACUCUUUCGGCAACCUGGAGGUCAGCCCACCCGUGACCGUGGCAGGGAAGGAAUAUCCUCUGGGGAGGAUCCUCAUUGGCAGCAGCUUCCCCACAUCCGCAGGGAGGAGAAUGACCAGGGUAGUGCGGGAUUUCCUCUGUGCCCAGCAAGUGCAGGCUCCCGUGGAGCUCUACUCAGACUGGUUGGCUGUGGGCCACGUCGAUGAGUUCAUCACUUUUGUGCCCACCUCUGACAAAAAGCGGUUCCGGAUGCUGAUGGCCAGCCCUGCUGCGUGCUACAAGCUCUUUCGGGAGAAGCAGAAGGAAGGCCAGGGUGAAGCCACCAUGUUCAAAGGGUACUCAGGGACAGACACAAAACGAGUCACCAUUAACAAGGUCCUUUCCAACAACAUUCUGAUGCAGCAGAACCAGUAUGUCCAGCGCUGCAUCGACUGGAACAGGGACGUCCUCAGGCAGGAGCUGGGGCUGAUGGAGGAGGACAUCAUCGACCUGCCGGCGCUCUUCAAGCUUGACAAGCAGGGCAAAGCUGUGCCGUACUUCCCCAACAUGGUCACCAUGAUCGUCCUGGCCAAGGACCUGGGUAUCCCCAAACCCUUCGGCCCCGUGAUGGGGGGGGAAUGCUGCCUGGAGCGACAAGCCCGCUCCCUCCUGGAGCCGCUGGGGCUGCGCUGCC